AUGGACAUUUUACCGACAAACUUUAAAGCUUUACGUUUUUGCGGCGCAUGGAAAGAGCGGGAAGACGACAACAUGUGCGUUGGAUUUUUGCGCUUUUGUUACAGGUAUGCGAUUUUUCUCUUGAUAUACGAGUUUACGAUACUCGAUAUCAUAGAGGUGAUUCGCACGCGCGACCACGUUCAAGAGCUGACCGAAGGGCUCUUCAUGGGGCUGACUUUCUUUACGCUGUGCAUGAAGUACGCGAAUUUCUUGCUGCGGGAGAACGAGCUGUCGGAUCUGUUGAAUUGCCUGCGCGUAAAAAUGUGCCGGCCGAGAAAUUCCAAGGAGAAGCUGAUAAUAGAAGAGCACAGCCGCAGAGCUAAGUGGAGCACUAUAACGUUCAUGAUGAUAUCGUACGUGACUGGAUUAGGCUUCAUCCUCACGCCAGCCUUAGGACUACUUAACGGGGGUGAGCGCGUGCUGCCGGUGAGGUCGUACACCCCAUACUCCGUGUCAAAUCUACUUCCAUAUCUAGCUACGUAUCUGCAGCAAUUUUUGGCGAUAUUCUACGCGAUAACGCUUAAUGUUUCCUUCGACUCUCUCGUUUACGGCUUCACGAUUCAAGCUUGCGCGCAGAUCGAGCUGAUGUGCUGCCGAUUGACUAACAGUUUAAAGAGCACCGGCGACAUUUCUUAUGGACGGAAGCGGGAAGCAAGCGCUUCGAUCAUGGAAUGCGUCAGACAUCAUUUGCUUGUGAGCAUUCUGGUAAAGAAAGUACGAGCGUUAUUCAUGUGGACGAAAAAACUGCUCAGCUUUGAGUUUCUUUCGAUGUUCCUGUAUCUAAACGGUAUACUGCUUCAACUGUUCUACUACUGCUGGUACGGAAACGAGCUUGAGUUGAAGAGUAAAGGCAUCGCGACCGCUAUUUAUACCAGCGAUUGGACAAUGGUUACGCCGCGAGAACGCAGAUCGUUGAUGCUGAUCAUGAUAAGCAGUCAAAAAGGAAUAAUGAUGUCUUAUCACGGAGCAUUUGCGUUAUCUCUCAAUACUUUUACUUGGGUAAGUAGAGGAAAGUAAAACAUAAAUUUUUACUUAUAUUGUGAGAUUCAUGAAUUAUAAGAAUAAAAAUUAUUCCGACAAUUAUCUGCGCAUUUGAGCUAAGCUAAAAGCUAUAAUUGCAAAGAUUAACAUAAAUAUACAUAAAUAGAUGUAUCUUAG